UUUGAGCGGGUGAGUAUGCUGGUCAUCAUGCUGAACUGUGUCACUCUUGGGAUGUUCCAGCCCUGUGAAGACAGCACCUGUGAGUCAGAACGCUGCAAGAUUCUAAAGGGAUUUGAUGACUUCAUCUUUGCAUUCUUUGCUGUGGAGAUGAUUGCCAAGAUGAUUGCGCUGGGCAUCUUUGGCCCAAAAUGUUACCUUGGUGACACUUGGAACCGUCUUGAUUUUUUCAUUGUUGUUGCUGGUAUGUUAGAGUAUUCAUUGGACCUCCAGAAUGUCAGUCUAUCAGCAGUCCGUACUGUGAGGGUCCUGAGACCACUACGAGCCAUUAACCGAGUUCCUAGUAUGCGGAUACUGGUGACCCUGCUGCUGGACACUUUGCCUAUGUUAGGCAACGUACUUCUCCUCUGUUUCUUUGUCUUCUUUAUUUUUGGCAUUGUCGGGGUCCAGCUGUGGGCAGGACUACUACGAAACAGGUGCUUUCUUGAAGAAAACUUUACAAUACCUGCCUCCCAAGAGUUGGAUCAAUAUUAUCACACAGAAAAUGAUGAUGAAAAUCCCUUCAUUUGCUCCCUCCUGAAGGAUAAUGGAAUGCGGUACUGCCGCAAUGUACCCCAAAGACGAGUGAACAACAUUGAUUGUACCUUGGAUGGUACAAGUUACUACCUGUUACAGAGUAACAUGACAAACAAUGUCAGCUGUGUAAACUGGAAUCAGUAUUACACCCAGUGCCAGCCUGCUGAUCACAACCCAUUCAAAGGAGCUAUCAAUUUUGAUAACAUCGGAUAUGCAUGGAUAGCAAUAUUCCAGGUUAUAACCCUUGAGGGUUGGGUUGAUAUCAUGUAUUUUGUUAUGGAUGCUCACUCCUUUUAUAAUUUCAUCUACUUCAUCCUAUUGAUCAUAGUUGGGUCAUUUUUUAUGAUCAAUUUAUGCCUAGUUGUCAUAGCAACCCAGUUUUCUGAAACUAAGCAGCGUGAAAGUCAGUUGAUGAAGGAGCAACGAAUUCGCUUCAUGUCUAACGCAAGCACGCUGGCGAGUUUUUCGGAACCAGGGAGCUGCUAUGAUGAGCUCUUGAAGUAUAUUGGCCACAUGCUGAGGAAGGCCAAGCGUGAGGCUGUUCGUGUUUGCUAUGUAGUGGUGGCCAGAAGAGGGGUGCAUCCUGCCAACAGGAGCGGGCCACGUGCACAGCCCCGCAAACGGCGGAAACGGAAGCGGGCAGCCUCAGUCCAUCAUCUCAUUCACCACCACCAUCAUCACCACCAUUACCACGUGAGCAAUGGAACAAUGCGAGCACCACAGGCCAGCCCAGAAAUCAGUGAUGUGGAAACCAACUCUGCACACAAUGGUGGUAACAGACUAAUUGUGUUGCCCUCACCACUGUCAAGUUUGCACUCUCCCCCACCUCCUCCAUCUCCCACCACUGCCACACCUAGCAAUACUGAAUCUGUCCAUAGCAUCUAUCAUGCCAACUGCCACAUUGAGCCAAUCCAGUGCAAAACUUCCCUCAGGCAAGGCAUAGGCCUGAUCUCCCCAGAUGGACUCCAGAAGAAUUUGGAUAUCAAAAGCUACCCAACUGUGCACCCUAGCUCCCCACAUCAGGUGAUCAACCUGAACACCAAAGGUGAGAAGACACUUAAAGAUGCAACAAUGAAUCCCGACAGCACAAAGACAAAUCUCAACAUCCCAGCUGGACCAUACCGGAAGAUGCAUCGACUACUGGAAACGCAGAGUGCUGGCUCUUGCAAAGGUUCCUGCAAGUUGUCUGGUCACUGCUUACCCUACAGCUCGCCCAGUGGAACGACUGACAUUCUGAACUGUGAUCCGCAAAGUUGUCCCAUCUGUAUCAGGAGCAAUGAAUCUGAGGUGACGGACAAUGAGACACUGGAUUCAGAGAGUGAUGGCGUGUAUGAGUUCACCCAGGAUGCUCACUACAAUGACCAACGAGAUCCUCAAUGUAACCAACCAAGAGCAAAGAAAUGUUGGAAAUUUUGGAACAUAGUCUGCAACACCUGCCGCAAAAUUGUUGACAGCAAAUAUUUUGGGCGAGGAAUUAUGAUCGCUAUUCUCAUCAAUACACUUAGUAUGGGGAUUGAAUACCAUGAACAGCCUGAAGAACUGACUAAUGCAUUGGAGAUCAGCAACAUUGUCUUCACCAGCCUGUUUGCAUUGGAAAUGCUCUUGAAGAUCCUGGUGUAUGGGCCUAUUGGCUACAUCAAGAAUCCUUACAACAUCUUUGAUGGUAUCAUUGUUGUUAUUAGUGUGUGGGAGAUUGUAGGCCAGCAGGAUGGGGGCCUCUCAGUGCUGCGUACCUUCCGGUUGAUGCGAGUCCUGAAGUUGGUGCGGUUUAUGCCAGCCCUGCAGCGCCAGCUCGUGGUCCUGAUGAAAACAAUGGACAAUGUUGCCACCUUUUGCAUGCUGCUGAUGCUCUUCAUCUUCAUCUUUAGUAUUCUGGGAAUGCAUCUUUUUGGAUGCAAGUUUGCUUCAGAAAAGGAAGGAGACACUCUUCCUGACAGAAAAAAUUUUGACUCGCUUCUCUGGGCUAUUGUAACUGUCUUCCAGAUAUUGACUCAAGAGGAUUGGAACAAGGUCCUCUAUAAUGGGAUGGCUUCCACUUCUCCAUGGGCUGCUUUAUACUUCAUUGCCCUAAUGACAUUUGGAAACUAUGUUCUCUUUAACUUGUUAGUUGCCAUAUUGGUGGAAGGAUUUCAAACUGAGGAGGUCCCGAAGCGGGAGGAUGCGAGUGGGCAGUUAAGCUGUAUUCAGCUGCCUGUCGACUCGUCCGGGGGAGAUGUCUCAAAGUCAGACUCAGAGGCUGACUUUUAUUGUCAGAGCCUGGAUGAUGAAAAUGGAAGCAAGAAGGAUAUUCCAAAUACUGCAUUGAUGGCAGCAAAUGGUCAUUUGGAUGUCAAAACCAGUCUGACCCCACCACUCAUCAUCCACACCAAUGCAACACCAAUGCCAACACCAAAGGGAAUGCAAUGCAGUGAUUCUGUACAUAUGUAUGCUGAUUCCCGCAGAGGAAGCAAUGUGUCAGUCGAUCCCAAUUAUUAUGAGCAAAAAUCACCGACAAGUGCGCGUAGCUCUCCCUAUGCUCCUUGGAGCACGGCCAGCAGCUGGAACAGCCGCCGCUCGAGCUGGAACAGCCUCGGCCGAGCUCAAAGCCUGAAGCGUAAGCACCAGUCUGGUGAGCGAAAAUCCCUCCUCUCGGGUGACGGCAAAGAGAGUUCGGAAGAAGGUGAUGGAUCAGAGGAUGAGAGAGCCAGUCGAGCAGGUAGUGGGAGGGGGCCAGCCCCUCAGCGCGUGGAAUCUCUGGAGAUAAAGGGUUCUUUCGAUAUUCCUGAAACCUUGCAGGUACCCAGUCUUCACAGAUCAUCCACCAUCCACAGCAGCAGGACCCCACCACUGGACUGCCAGGACUGUAAUGGUAAGAUGUCCCCAGCCUCCAUGCUACGCCAGUUCCACGUGGAUGAGCAGAGAGCUGAGUUUGAGAAUACUGAAGAUGAUAUUGAUCUGACCAAAGGAGCACGGUUGCUGGCAUGGAUUCAAAGCAAGCUGCCACCCUGUUUCAAGGAGCGGGAGGGCUGGUCACUCUUCCUCUUCCCACCACAGUCCAAGUUUCGACAUGUUUGCAGCAGAAUUAUUUCACACAAGAUGUUCGACCACAUUGUUCUUGUUAUUAUCUUCCUGAACUGCAUCACUAUUGCCAUGGAGAGACCGAAGAUUGAUCCUAAGAGUGCAGAGCGAAUCUUCUUGACACUCUCGAACUAUAUCUUCACAGUGAUCUUCCUGAGUGAAAUGGCAGUAAAGCUGGUGGCUAUGGGACUUUGUUUCGGUCCACAGACUUAUCUCAAGAGUUCUUGGAACAUUCUGGAUGGGCUGCUGGUGAUGAUAUCAGUCAUCGAUAUUCUGGUCUCCAUGGUCUCAGACAGCGGAACAAAGAUCCUUGGAAUGUUGCGGGUCCUUCGACUGUUGCGGACCCUCCGGCCUCUCCGGGUAAUCAGCCGAGCACCAGGCCUUAAGCUUGUUGUCGAAACACUGAUGUCCUCCCUGAAGCCUAUCGGAAAUAUUGUGGUCAUCUGCUGUGCGUUCUUCAUCAUCUUUGGUAUACUGGGUGUGCAGCUCUUCAAAGGGAAGUUUUACUUCUGCCUUGGGGAAGACAUACGAAAUGUCACCAACAAAUCUGACUGCAUUCAAGCCAACUACAUGUGGAUCCGACACAAGUACAACUUUGACAAUUUGGGGCAGGCCCUGAUGUCCUUGUUCGUUCUUGCAUCGAAAGAUGGGUGGGUUGACAUUAUGUAUGAUGGUUUGGAUGCAGUGGGAGUGGAUCAACAGCCGAUCAUGAACAACAACCCAUGGAUGCUCCUUUACUUCAUCUCCUUCCUGCUCAUCGUGGCCUUUUUUGUGCUGAACAUGUUUGUCGGAGUGGUGGUGGAGAACUUCCACAAGUGCCGGAAGCACCAGGAGGUGGAGGAAGCCAAGCGCCGCGAGGAGAAGCGUCUCCGACGCAUGGAGAAAAAGAGACGGAAAGCACAGUGUAAACCUUAUUACUCUGACUAUUCUCCUGCUCGUCUUUUCAUCCACAAAAUGUGCACAAGUCAUUACUUGGAUUUGUUCAUCACUGUUGUGAUUGGGCUGAAUGUUAUCACCAUGGCAAUGGAACAUUAUCAGCAACCAAAGAUCCUUGACGAGGCGCUUAAGAUCUGUAACUACAUUUUCACGAUUAUCUUUGUCCUGGAAUCCGUAUUCAAACUAGUGGCCUUUGGUUUCCGCCGUUUCUUCAAGGAUAGAUGGAAUCAGCUGGACUUAGCUAUUGUAUUGUUAUCUAUUAUGGGAAUCACACUCGAAGAGAUUGAGGUGAAUGCCUCCUUGCCAAUAAAUCCCACUAUUAUUCGAAUCAUGAGAGUCCUUCGGAUUGCUAGAGUCCUCAAGCUCCUGAAGAUGGCAGUGGGAAUGCGAGCCUUGCUAAACACAGUUGGAAAUCUUGGUCUCUUGUUCAUGCUGCUGUUUUUCAUAUUUGCAGCUCUUGGAGUUGAACUUUUUGGGGACCUAGAAUGUGAUGUCUAUCAUCCCUGUGAGGGCUUGGGACGACAUGCCACUUUCAGAAACUUUGGGAUGGCUUUCCUCACCUUGUUCCGUGUAUCAACUGGAGACAACUGGAAUGGAAUAAUGAAGGAUACCUUACGAGACUGUAACCAAGAAGGCACAUGUUACAACACAGUGGUAUCCCCAAUCUACUUUGUCUCAUUCGUACUGACAGCUCAAUUUGUACUGGUGAAUGUGGUCAUCGCAGUACUAAUGAAGCACUUGGAGGAGAGCAAUAAAGAGGCGAAGGAGGAAGCAGAACUUGAGGCAGAGCUGGAACUGGAAUUAAAAAUGUUAAAUACCAAUCAAGGGAAUAUGGACAUUAUGACUUGGGGAGGCGGUGAAGGGCGUGAUGCUGGUGACAGCCCAGGAAGCCCAUCUGAGUCUCUCCAAAUCAAGAUGGAUUCACCAUUUUCUUUAGAACCACCACUGGACAAGCAAUUUUUUGACAACGUCUCCCUGCUGAUCCAAGGUUCAUUGGAAGGAGAGUUAACCCUCAUGGACAAUCUCUCGGGUUCUGUCUGCCACAACUAUGCCAUUCCACAGCAAAACAAAUGCUGCACUGAGAAGCAGGCUGAGGAGGUUCAAGAACAUGAGGUUCAGAAGGAGAUCCAAGAGAAGAACCUUCUCACUGUGAGGAAACCUUUUGUUGGCCGCACACACUCGCUGCCCAAUGAUAGCUAUAUGUUUCAGCCUGUCAACCCUGCUCCAUUAGAAGGUCUGCAGGGAUCAGAGAACAAUCCCAAGUCACAGUCAGGUUCAACCACAUCAGUCCGAUCACAGCCCAUUGGUAACAGUGGCUACCUCCAGGUUCCUAUGGAGUUGUUUCUCCCUGUCAGCCAUCAGAACAGUUCUGAUUCUGAAAAUAUCCCGAAGAUUCCUCCCCCUCGGAAACCUCUGAGUGCCCACAGAAUGCUGCAUAGGCAGGUUGCUAUAACAAAUGACUCUCUGGAUCCACUGUACACAGAGUCUAAGGAAAACUUGCAGAUGCAGUCUAACGAACCAUCAUCCUUAAAUGUGUCUGUACCCUGUGUGUCUGCUGUGCAACCAUCUAUGGUGUUAGUGCCUGCCUCACCCAAAACACCAACCAAACACAGUGUCCACAUUCAACAACACAGCCAUAACCAGUGCAACAUUACUAACUAUGGGACUUCACCACGUCACUUUCGGAAUCCGUUCAGAGAACACCCUGAUUCUGCGGACCAGGAAGUCUCACAAAUCAACAGCAGCAACAAGAGAGCUUCCAAACCUCCAAUGUGCCCCCCACUACCCACAAAAGUCUGCAGCAGUACAGGAAACCUCACGAUGAAAGACAUAAAAAAGUUCUACAGUGUAGACACACAAGGAUUCUUGACCAAGCCCACAUCGUGGUUAAAUGAUCCUCGGAGACAUUCAAUUGAAAUCUGCUCCUCUGUUGAAGCAAGCCCUCAGCACCAUUUCUCCUCGACAUCCUGUUGUGCCAUCAGCCAAGCAGUGUCAGAACUGGGUAGUCUGCAAACAGUGCGGCAAAAGCAGAAAAUGAGCCCUCCCUGCAUUUCGAUAGACCCGCCAGAGGGCAGACACACUACACUGCAAGGUACGCACGGACAAAUGUCUUCUAGUGACAUGUGCUUGAGAAGGCGUGCUCUAUCCUGUGACUCUGCACCUCACAAGGAUUCUGUGGACCUUGCAGACCCAGCACCUCCUGAAAGCACGCCCACCUCUCCAUCCUCAGCAAGGGAUUUGCUGACUCUUCCCAGCUUUUCCUUGGAUCAGACUGAGGCAGACCUCUGAAUGAGAUUGUUUAUUUGUUUUAGUUGCCAAAAAGACUAUUUCUUUUCCAUUCCUAGCAUCAACCAAGAACUCUGCAUUCUGACAGGCACUGGAAGUCGAGCCUCCACCAACUCCCCUAACCCCAUCCAAACAGUAACCAAGGAUGUGGAGCCCUCCUGAUGCUGCUUUACCUUGCAUUCAAGCAGAUGGGUGACUAUACGUGUAGUCCAGUGCAGUGGAGCGUCACUUUUGUUUGAUGCUAAUGGUAUUUUCAUUUGAAAUUGGAGGUAAUAUGCCAAGCGGCAAUAUUUUCUCAAAAAGUAUCAGUACAUUCCAGAGUUUACUUUGGAUCUCAGAUCGAGACAAUUAACAAUGGGCUUGUCAUCAGCAUCCCCAGAAUGUUUUAAAGUGUUAAUUAAAACUAAUUUUUUAAAGUCCAGUUGAGUUGGUCAGGACAUUUUCUUUAUUCCUUUUAAGGCACAGAGCAAGGAUCCAGUCAUUAAUAUAUUUAGGAAAGAGAUUUAUAAAUAAAGUAACCAACAAUAUUUACUCUGUCUGUGUGCUUAAGUGAACUUAUCGGAUGCUGGUAUCAAAAAAUGGCACUCCACUGUAACAGUGACUCUUAUGGUUAUCUAAAUUUGUAAAAGAUGGCAU